AGCGUUGAAGUAACGGUGUCUACGUACUUGACCUUUCUAGGUCGUUGUCUGGGCUUUUCCAGUCGCUUCCGUCUACGUCAGAAUCGUUGCUGGGCGUUAGUCAGACAUGGAACUCUUGCUACUAACAGCUCGCUCUAGUGGUGGUGCGGUAUAGUGUAGGUCUCCAUAUGGUUGAAAAUGAUGAGUACUGUGUACUCGACAGCAAAAGCACCAGAUGUUGAGUAUCCGUGUCUACCUGAUUGAUUACGGAGGGAAGAUGUUGUCACAUGUACAGAGGAUACAAAAAGAGGGGCAACUUGUCCAACCAUCACUCUGCUGACGUACCGCUCGCUCGUUCGGUGAGAGAGAAUGUCAGGCUUUCGUAUUCUCACCGUCGUCUCUCGACCACUUCACUCUCUCUCAAAGAGCAGUUUUCUGUUUCUAACCCCCUCACUUUCCCUACGGAAGAGUGACUGUCUUCAUAGUCUGGCAACGGCAACUUUCACUGAAGACGGCAAUCGUCCAUUUGAAGACAUCCCCGCACCGCGCGCGCUACCCGUCGUCGGCAGCGUCUGGGACUACGUCUUCGGCAAGGGUGAUCACUUCACGAUGACCCACGAACUACAACUCGACCGUUGCCGGAAGUAUGGCAAGAUCUAUCGAGAGCGAUUCGGUUCGACCGACUUCGUAUUCGUUGCCGAUCCGGAUUCAAUCGAGACGGUCAUGCGAGCAGAAACCGCUUCUCCUCGCAAACCGGCCAUCAAAGCAUGGAUCGAGGCGAGAACCGAGCUGGGCUACCAAGGAGGAAUCCUGAGUGAUGAUAUCAAAGAAUGGAGAAGAUUCAGAAAACCUUUGAACAAACUGAUGUUGAGGCCAAAGCAGCUACAAUGCAACUUUACUCAGGGUGUCAAUGAGGUUGCUCAGGAUUUUGUAAGAUACUUGGAGAAUACACGAAAUCGAAAUCCAGGACCAGAGGAGUAUCUCAUCAGUGACAUUCAGACCGAAUCUCGAAAGUUGUCGCUAGAAGGGAUUGGUCUGAUUGUUUAUGGAAAGAGACUAAAUAUGAUUACCAAUGAACUCGAAGCUGAAACUGAAGAGUUCAUAGAAUCCUUGCUGUGUGUUUUUAAGGUGUUCACCGAACUGCGAAUGACUUAUUUGUUUCACAAACUGCUCAAGAGUCGAGCCUGGCAGAUGAACAAGGAUGGCUGGAGGAAAAACUUUGAGUACAAUGCGAAGCUCGUUGCUGAGCUGCAGGAAAGACUGGCGAGAAAAAUAGAAGGGACGGGCGAUGAUCCAGAAGGAAAGUACUAUGUGACGUCAUUGCUCGAACGACUGCUUAUGGAUUCGAAUCAGUCGGUGUCUGAAAUUGUGCUAACAGGAAUGGACAUGUUCAGUGCUGGAAUGGAAACAGUUAGCUCGUCGCUGACUUGGAUUUUACACCAUUUGUCAAAGAAUCCAGACAUUCAAGAUCGUAUUUAUGAAGAAAGCGUUAGUGUGUUGGGGAACGAUCGAUUGUGUGCUACACCCGCAGAGUUGCAAAAACUGACUUUGACCAAGAAUGUUAUCAAGGAAUCUCUCAGGCUUGCAUCUAUAUUUCCAACCAAUUUUCGAAUCUUGGAGACAGACGUCGAUCUCAUGGGUUACAGAGUUCCCGCUGGGACUCCGAUUGGAUUUUGUCAUCAUUUCAUAAAUCGAUCCACAGAAUACUUUGACGAGCCAUGGAAGUUUAAUCCCGAUCGUUGGCUGAGAGAGGGAAACAACAUUCAUCCAUUUGCUUCUUUACCAUUCGGAUUCGGUGCCCGUAUGUGUCCCGGUCGGAGAGUGGCAGAGUUGCAAAUGCUUGUUGCUGUGAACGCGAUUUGUCGUCGAUUUCGGCUGGAAAGUGCCAACACGACGGACGUGAAGCAAAGGCUACAUGCCAUGCUCAUACCAGACAGACCUGUCGAUAUUCGGUUCUUGGACAGGCGCUAAACGCACACUAGUAUGUGAUAAUCUAGAGGAUAACGUUAACCGCAGUCUCUUUACCACCAGCCAACUUGCGGCUAGUUGCUGUUAAAUAGUUGAUUGAUUUCUAUUUAUGGCUGUAAAUACACGGAAAAAGUAUCGA